AAUUCAAAAAAAAAAGGAACAAGAGCCAAAUCUAGAAAAACAGCCGAAGUCUCUCAUUCACCACCACUCCUCAUCCACGACAAACAGAGUUGCGUCCGAUCAAGAACAGACGAUGAAAGAGAUUCAGCUUUGAUUUUUUUUCUUUUUCGAAAUCAUGUUCUUAAUUCUUCCUAUUCUCGGUUUAAUUUCAUGAUAAUUUCAAUUGACAUCGAAACUUUCAUGUUCUAAUCUUUAUCAUAAUCACCUGCGCCUUUUCUACGGCGGCCGCGCGAUGCAUCAGCAUCCACUAUCCCUUGCCGUUGUGAGUCGACCGCAUUCCAAUUCCUUCAUGCCCACGACAUGUUCGACGAAAUUACCGAUAGAACCUACCGGAGAAGACUCCUCGCUCCGACGUCUCAAACGGAGCUCCGGCAUGAUUCCGACGGGUCCUCGUGUGGAAUCUAAGAAGGAGUUGUCUCGGAUUCUGAGAACAGAUGCAGCCAUUAAGGGCAUUGAGAAGAAAGCCAACUCCGACAAGUACAACACCCUGUGGCCAAAAGCUGUUCUUGAAGCUCUUGAUGAGGCCGUAAGAGAGAAUCGAUGGCAGUCUGCUCUAAAGAUUUUCCGACUUCUUCGCAAGCAACAUUGGUAUGAACCGAGAUGCAGAACAUACACGAAGUUGUUUAAGGUUCUUGGCAACUGUAGACAACCUGAGCAAGCAAGCUUGCUUUUCCAGGUAAUGUUGUCUGAAGGGUUGAAACCCACCAUUGAUGUAUAUACAUCUCUCAUAGGUGUUUACGGCAAAAGCAAACUUCUUGAUAAGGCAUUUGCCACCCUUGAAGAUAUGAAAUCCAUCUGUGAUUGCAAGCCAGAUGUGUAUACCUUCACAGUACUCAUCAGCUGUUGCUGCAGACAUGGUCGGUUUGAUCUGAUUAAAAGUAUUCUUCUUGAGAUGUCUUAUCUUGGAAUUGUGUGCAACACAGUUACUUAUAACACCAUAAUUGAUGGGUAUGGCAAGGCUGGAAUGUUUGAGGAAAUGGGAAACGUUUUGAUCGAUAUGAUUGAGAAAGAAGACUCUCUUCCGGAUAUUUUCACGUUUAACUCGAUCAUCGGGGCAUAUGGAAACGGUGGGAUGAUUGAGAAGAUGGAGAAAUGGUACGAUCGUUUUCAGUUGAUGGGAGUGCAGCCAGACAUCACCACAUUUAACAUACUGAUACUGUCAUAUGGGAAGGCUGGAAUGCACAAUAAGAUGGGGUCAGUCAUGGAUUUCAUGAAGAAAAGGUUCUUUUCCCCGGAUAUUGUCACGUACAAUAUCAUGAUCGAGACGUUCGGAAAGGCUGGAGAAGUUGAGGAAAUGGACAAAUGGUUCAGGAAAAUGAAGUACCAGGGAAUAAAACCCAACUCGAUCACUUACUGUUCUAUUGUCAAUGGCUACAGCAAAGCCGGUCUUGUUUUGAAGAUUGAUUCGGUUUUAAGACAGAUUGUGAAUUCAGACGUGAUACUUGAUACACCGUUCUUCAAUUGCAUAAUCAACGCAUAUGGUCAGGCUGGUGAUUUAGCUACAAUGAAGGAACUGUUUAUGCAAAUGGAGGAAAGAAAAUGCAACCCUGAUAAAAUAACUUUUUCCACCAUGAUCAAGAUCUAUGCUAACCAUGGCUUAGAGGAUGCAGUUCAAGAACUAGAGAAACUGAUGAUUGCCACUGCACGGAAUUCAGACUCUGACAAGAGGUUUAUCGGUUGCUGACUCGCUUUGUGAACGGGCAAUAUCUCUUGGAUGAAAUUCACAAAUCGAAAGUAGAAGGGUUUUUGAGGAAGCCGUCCAUUGCCAACUGUUGGAGGGGGAGUAUAGCAAGAAUUUUGGUGCAACAGAAGCAGAGAAAACCGUCAAAGAAACAGCUUUGAGAGAAGAAUCGUAUUGAGGGCUAUGUGAAGAAUUUCGAGUUCUUCUCAAUUACCGAAGAUUCCGGUUCAUCAUGCCGUCUUUUCUCCGUGACAACAACGGGAGGAUCUCGGAUCCAUCAUGCUGCGAGUCGAUGAAUCAUUCGAAUCAUUUGCUUUCGGGAUUCAAGCGAAGGGAGUUGCCAUGCACAAUAAAAAAGAUAUGAUCAUUGAAGUUUUCAAGUUCAAAAAACACUACAAAAAAUGAGCCGUGAAAUAGGUAAUCAAUUAGGUAAGUAACAAUUAUAUAUCUGUUUCACGUAAUUCCCUAUUUAAUGUAGAUUUAUGGGUUAUUAUUUUAAAACUUUCGUGUACUUUUAAAUCGUUGUGGUU